AUGCUAACCUCUCUCUCCACCGUAGGUUUCCUUCUCCUCCUUGUCCUUAUCAGCUAUGACGGUGGCUUCAUCGGAGCCGCCGAUGCCGAACAUAACCUCAUAGCCACCGAUUCCCAUAGUCAUCGCCAUCAUCGCAAGAGUCGCAACCACGGCCACCGUCGUGGAGAAGAGUUCGAGUACUCAGCCAUAACGUGUAGAGCUUACUCAGCGUCUCUUGACGAGUUCGGUGCCGUCGGAGACGGUGUGACCUCAAAUACGGUGGCGUUCCGCGACGCAGUGUCACAGCUUAGCCGUUUCGCAGACUACGGUGGCUCAUUGUUAUUUGUUCCCGCCGGACGGUGGCUCACCGGAAGCUUUAACCUCACAAGCCAUUUCACACUUUUCCUCCACCGUGAUGCUGUUAUCCUCGCCUCCCAAGAAGAGAGUGACUAUGAAGUGAUAGAGCCACUACCUUCGUACGGACGUGGGAGAGACACGGAUGGUGGGAGAUUCAUCAGUCUACUCUUCGGUUCAAACUUAACCGACGUGGUUAUCACCGGUGAGAAUGGGACUAUUGAUGGACAAGGAGAGCCAUGGUGGGGAAAAUUCAAGAGAGGCGAAUUGAAAUACACAAGACCGUAUUUGAUCGAGAUUAUGCAUUCAGAUGGUAUCCAAAUCUCCAAUCUCACUUUCUUGAAUUCUCCUUCUUGGCAUAUUCACCCGGUCUACAGCAGGAAUAUUGUUAUCCAAGAUUUGACGAUAUUAGCACCGGUCACGGUACCAAACACCGACGGGAUUAACCCAGAUUCUUGUACGAACACGAGGAUCGAGGAUUGCUACAUCGUCUCCGGAGACGAUUGUAUCGCCGUGAAGAGUGGAUGGGAUCAGUACGGAAUCAAAUACGGCAUGCCGACGAAACAGCUCUUGAUCCGACGGCUCACAUGUAUUUCUCCUGAUAGUGCCGUCAUCGCUCUCGGCAGCGAAAUGUCCGGCGGAAUUGAGGAUGUUCGUGCUGAAGAUAUCGUCGCCAUUAACUCUGAAUCUGGAAUCCGGAUUAAAACAGGUGUUGGACGAGGAGGUUACGUGAAAGACAUAUACGUAAGAGGAAUGACGAUGACGACGAUGAAGUACGUUUUUUGGAUGACCGGAAACUACGGUUCGCAUCCCGACGAUCAUUACGAUCCGAAUGCUUUACCGGUUAUUGAGAACAUUAACUACCGAGACAUGGUCGCCGAUAACGUGACGAUGCCGGCACAACUCGCCGGAAUAUCCGGUGAUCAGUUUACUGGAAUCUGCAUCUCUAACGUGACGAUCACGCUAUCGAAGAAACCUAAGAAAGUGCUUUGGAAUUGUACGGACGUCUCCGGUUAUACAAGCGGUGUGACUCCGGAGCCGUGCCAGCUUUUGCCUGAGAAGGAGCCGGGGACGCUCGUGCCGUGUAAUUUCCCGGAAGAGCCGAUUCCUAUUGAAGAAGUGAAGCUCCAACGUUGCUCCUCUAGAAGCAGGAAUAUGUGA